CGCCCGGGCCGGGCCGCCCCCGGCAGGUCGCGCCUCCUGCACCGGCUGGGUCGCACCUCCAGGCACUGCCGGCCUCUGGCGCCCCGUGCACCCCGCACCCCGCAGCUCCGGGCGGCCGCGUCCCGACCUGGAAGUUGCGGGUUCCGUGAGCCGAGACCCGGUGUCCGAGGUCGCGAAGACCAGCCGAGUCCGAGGCUCGCGUGUGUCGCGGAGUGCGCCGGGACUCGCCCUCGUCCCCUGGGACCAUCCUGCGCACCCUCCAGCCUCCGCCCCGCCCCGCGUCCCCGUCCUCCCGCGACCCGGAGGCGCGCAGGUGUCGGCUCCCGCAGGCCGAGUUCCCGCGCGGCCCCAGCUGGACGCCGCCCCCGCCCAGGGUCGCGGACACCCCGGCUCCCGGCGCGCACACACCUGCCUCGGGACCCGCCCCUCGGGACGUCCCGGCGCGCAGACAUGCUGCCCGCUAAGCCUGGCGCCCUGCUGCCCCUGCUCCUCCUGCUCGCGCUGGCGUUGUCCCUGCCCGGGGCCCAGGCGAGGCCCCGGGGUCGCGGAGGAGCCCGUGCCACGGACCAGGAACCCCAGCCGUGGCCGUUCCUCCCCGCGGCCAGGGCCACCCGGAGCACAGAAAUGUUCCUAAAAGAUUCGGCCUUGAAAGACAAAUUAAUAAAGCAUUUCACAGGGCCAAUCACAUUUGCAGAUGAAUGUAGCAUACAUUUCCAUCGACUCUAUUACAAUACCAGAGAUUGUUCAACGCCAGCUUAUUACAAGAGAUGUGCUAGAUUGCUUACAAGGUUGGCAGCGAGUCCCCAGUGCUCAGAGACAAGACCUGGCCUAGGAGCAUUGCUUAAGAAUGUAAAUGCAAUUUGAAGGAAAACGUGCCUGGAAUCAUACUAACUGUACAAAGAGGGGAAGCAUCUAAUUUUUUGCUGUAUUAAGAUGAAAAUCUCAUCUGAGAUUUUACAGAAAUAAUUGAUUAGUUGUGUCCUUCCGUACAACAAAGUCUUUCUUGGUUUAUCUUUGUGUAUAGAGUAAUUUGAAAUGUUUUAAAACAAUGCUUAAAUCACACAAUUUAAAUAGAAUAUUAAAAAGUAUGCUAUUCUUUUAUUUUUAUUACAUUAUUUUCUUAUAUGGUUAAUAUUCCAUAUAGGUAUGAAUUAAAUAUUUAAUUAUAUAAAUUAUGUCUCAGAGUACUGGUGAGAAAUGAUUUAAGUAAUAUAUUUUUUUGAAUAAUCCUGUAUGAAGUCCACUUUUACAAUUCUUUUAAAUAAUAU